AUGACCGUUGGAACCGUUCUGAUCACCGGUGGUACCGGCUACAUUGGCUCCUUCACAUCUCUUGCCCUCUUGCAAAAUGGGUACGAGGUCAUCAUUGUAGACAGUCUCUACAACUCGUCCGAGGUCGCCCUUGACCGCAUCGAGCUCAUUUGCGGCAAGCGACCCAAGUUUCACAAGGCCGAUAUCACCAGCGAGGAGGAGCUCGACAAGGUCUUUGCGCAACACCCCGAGAUUGACAGCGUCAUCCACUUUGCUGCCCUCAAGGCUGUUGGUGAGUCUGGAGAGAUUCCUCUCGAGUACUACCGCGUCAACGUCAGCGGUACCGUUACUCUCCUGCGCUCCAUGCAGAAGCACGAUGUCACAAACAUCGUCUUCUCCUCGUCCGCGACCGUCUACGGUGAUGCCACCCGCUUCGAGAACAUGAUUCCCAUUCCCGAGCACUGCCCGAUUGGCCCUACCAACACCUACGGCCGUACAAAGAGCUUCGUUGAGAACAUCAUUGAAGACUUCAUCAACGCUCAGAGACAGAACGCCCAGAAGGCUGGCAAGCCUUUUGAGCAAUGGAACGGUGCCAACCUCCGAUACUUCAACCCUGCUGGUGCUCACCCCUCCGGUAUCAUGGGAGAGGACCCUCAGGGCGUGCCCUACAACCUGCUGCCUCUCUUGGGCAAGGUUGCCACUGGCGACCGACCCAAGCUCCUGGUCUUUGGCGAUGACUACGCCUCCAAGGAUGGAACCGCCAUUCGUGACUAUAUCCACGUUGUCGAUCUUGCACGUGGCCACUUGGUUGCCCUCAACUACCUGCGCGAGAAGAAGCCCGGUAUCAAGGCGUGGAACCUGGGUUCGGGACGUGGCAGCACCGUUUUCGAGAUGAUCAAGGCCUUCAGCAAGGUCGUCGGCCGCGACCUGCCGUACGAUGUUGUGCCGCGCAGACAGGGUGAUGUUCUGGACCUCACAGCCAACCCGACACGCGCCAACCAGGAGCUCAACUGGAAGACUGAGCUGACCAUGGAAGAUGCCUGUGAGGAUCUCUGGCGCUGGGUGUCCAACAACCCCAAGGGCUACCGACAGGAGCCCCCGCCGGAGUUGCUGGCUGCCGUCAAGGCCAAGACCUCGUGA